AAACUCUGGAAAUUCGAGCCCUAAUUUUGAACCGAAACCCAAUCCUGCAAAUUUCCCAUAACAAGUUCACUUCCCGGUGAUUUUCCGGCGGCGGCACUAUGACGGAGUCAGCCACUUCUCCAAUCAAAAACCACAAAUCCGACGAAUCAACCUCACAGUCCUUAUUCGAUAAACUAACCGACGAGCUCUUAAUCAAAACCCUAAUUCGCCUCCCUCUAAAACCCCUCAAUCUCUGUAAGUCCAUCUCAACACGCUUCCGUUCCUUACUUUCCACUUCAUAUUUCAUCAACUCUUACAUUAAUCAUCAUCAUUUCAACAAUUCAUUUGCUCUCUAUUACCAAACCAAACCCACCUUCCAUAACAUCAUCGACCCCUCCCUAAUGACCAUCGAUAUCGCCUUCGAAUCCCCCGUUUUCGACUCCCCAGGGUUCUCCUUAUCAUUUCUUUCCAAUUCUGAUCAACAGAAACAGGAAACGUUGCAGUAUUUGGCGUCGAACAACGGUUUGGUUUUAUGUUGUGCUGUGUUACGCCGUCCGAUUGUUUACUUUGUUUGUAAUCCGUUAACGAAGCAGUUCGUAACUCUGCCUCCGCCUCCGAGUAAUGUUAAAACUGUUUAUAUUGGAUUUGUAUGUGAUCCCCGGUGUUUAUGCGAUGAUGAGUUUACGACUAGUUUUAAGGUGGUUCGGGUUGAAGUGGUGAGGUGUGAAUUUCCGAGACAGUUAUCUGCGACGUUGAAGUUGGAAAUAUUUUGUUCCGUGUCUGGGAGGUGGACGGAAGAGUACUUUAUGUCGAGUUCUGGUUCGGAUCAUGAGUUGUUUCAUGCGUGGAAUUAUAGGUGCCCGAGUGCUGUGGUGUGUAACGGGUUGCUUCACUGGGGUACGCUUUCGAAUUUUGGUGUUUUUACUUAUGAUACGUCUAACGGUGAGUGUAGAACGAUUGAGCUUCCACAAGAGGUAAGAAAGCCGGUCUGGACUUUUAAACAUUGCUUAGGGGAGUAUUCUGGUCGGCUUAGAUACGCCAAUUUUUCUUGGGAUGAUUCGAAUUACCGAGUGUGGGAGCUUAAAGAUGGUGGUGGUGGGUGGUUGUUGUUGCAUAAGGUUCACUUGGAUGAGAUGAAAUCGACAGUUGAGGGCAUUAACAAGGAGUGCAUGGCUUUGCUCUCACCUCACCCGCUUAAUCCGGAUGUUGUUUUCUUUUGGUGUCGUUCGUCGUGUAGAAUUGUGGAAUACGACAUGGGGAAUAAGGUUCUACAGUUGCCGCGUUUUAUUAGAGAUGUGAAGAUUAUCAGUCAUCUAAGCCCUAUGUUCUUUCCCUUUGUGCUGCCUCCCUGGCCUACUGCUGUUCCUGUCAUCCAGCAGCAAGAACAAAAUUAGAAAAAAAUGAUAUUAGUACUUCUGUUGAUCUGCAGAAUCGCGUUUAUUAUGUUGCAUUAGCCGCAAAAAAAUCAAACGAGGAUGGCAAGUUAACCUUCAUACAAUACAACAAUAGACCGCCUACUUUGCAUCAGAUCAAAGGCCAACCAAUUAAGUGGCUGCUGCUCAAAUUUGGUGAUUUAUGACAUCUUUCAACCACCACCAUCCUUUUUUUAAUAAAGUUUGUUGUUCAUGGUUUGGGAUGAGCUGAUUGGACUUGAUUUGUUAGAAUUGCACCUCUUUGAGGACAUGGUUCAAGAUAGGACUUCGUGGUCCGUGGAGGCAUAGAAGUGAGGUUAGAGAUUUUUAGGGAUGGGAUAUGUUGAGGCUUAGCGUGUGUUAGGAGUUUAGAUAUUCCUACUCUUUAGGUGGACGCUUCUUGUGAUUGUAUUUGUGUACAUAUGCAUAUAUGUUGUUUUAUGAUGUGGGUUAGGUUCAUUAGUGAACAACCCCCUUGAUAGUAAACACUAGUGAACUAAUCCUAGCCAUUGAUUAUCAAUACACAAGUGUAUACACUAGUGUAUUUUACAAUUUGAUGAUGUAAAUCAAUGGUCAGGAUUUGUUCACUUAGUUCACAAAUACAUCAGUGUUCACUCUAGAACCCCACACCACUUCUUAUUUUUUUUGUUUUGUCAUUCGCAAGUUUGCUAUUUCAUUAUCUUUAGUUUUGUUU